UAAGUAAUAGUACCUGUUCUAAUUUCAAACUAAUCUAUUCAAACUGUUUAACAAUUCAACAAAGCCGUCUGAAGGACAAGUUGAAACUGGUUAAAGAUGGCAAAACGCGGACUGCUCCAGAGACUUGAAAAUGGAGGCAACAUCAUUGUCGCGGAAGGAUACAUUUUCGAAUUUGAGAGAAAAGGCUACCUUCAAGCGGGUACAUUUGUACCAUUAGUGACCUUAGAACAUCCGGAACUUGUCCGGCUUAUGUAUGAAGAGUUUGUGCAUGCCGGAAGUGACGUAGUACUUGCGUUUACGUACUAUGCACAUAGAGAAAAGCUUCGUCUUGUUGACCGAGAAAAAGACUUGGUAAAGAUUAACAGCGAAGCCCUAAAAAUGGCGCGUGAAGUCGCAGACGAACAUGAUUGUCUAAUGGCGGGAAACAUUUGUAAUAGUGCAGUAUAUCUUCCCGAUAAUGAGGAAGCUCGGCAGACGACCAAGGCCAUGUUUAAGGAGCAAAUCGAGCUGGCGGUUAAAUAUGGAGCAGAUUACAUAGUGGCUGAAACAUUUGCUCAUUUAGGCGAGGCCAUGCUUGCAUUAGAGUGUAUAAAGAAAUACGGAGCAGGUUUACCAGCGGUAAUUACAAUGUCACCUUCGGCAUCCGGUAAGUUUAUGGAAGGAACUGGAGCUGCAGAGGCUUGUAAACAACUGGAGGACGCCGGUGCCGCGGUCGUAGGUUUAAACUGUGGUAGAGGACCAGAAACAAUGAUACCUCUGAUGCAAGAAAUAAGGCAACUCUGUAAAGGCCCUAUUGCUGCGUUACCAGUAACAUACCGGACAACACCAGAGGAACCAACUUUCUUUUCAUUAACUAUUCCGGGAACCAAAAAACGGGCGUUUCCGCUAGACCUGUGCGCAUGUAUCUGCAGCCGUCAGCAGAUUGCGGAGUUCGCCGAGCAAUGUAAAGAAAUUGGCGUGCAGUACGUUGGUCUGUGCUGCGGAAAUUCAGCGAACAUGACCCGCAUUGUUGCCGAGGUGUAUGGUCGUACCCCACCUGCUAGCAAGUAUUCCCCGGCUAUGGAGAAACAUUAUAUCUUUGGCGACAAAACCAAGUUUAAAAGUGGAUUUACUGAAGAUUUAAGAACGCAGGUUGGGGGACAAUUCGAUUGAAUUAACUAGCGAAUUAACUUUCACUACGUUUUUCAUGAACGUAUUUUUCAAAAUAAACAUUUGCAUUUUCGCUUGGACAUGUAACACUAACAUUAUAAAGGUUAAUGUAUUAUGUUUUCUGGCUUGAUGUUUUUGUGU